AAUAGAGGGAAGGAGAUCAUGAUUCAUCACAACAUAAGUAAGGUGGAAAGAAGAAAGCGCGCGGUUGGAGUAAGAUGUCGGAGAAGCUAACAAGGUUCAUCGUGAUCACAUUUACUCACUUCAGCGGCGGGCGGUGUGCAGUGCGCGAUGAAGUGAGCAAGUCGGUAGUUAUGGGAACACAGAGCAAGUUCAGCGAGCGAGCGAAGAUCGAAGUGGAACCAUCCUCAAUCAACGAGCGUUAUGUUCACCUUCGCUUCAGCAGCUCCAACAGAUACUGGCAGAGAAAUCCAGACAACAACUUGAUUGUGGCUGAAUCCAUCAAGCCGGUGGAACACCUCACCGACCCUUCCUCUACUUUGUUUGAGCAAUUAUCCAGUGAUAAAUACAUCUCCAAGAAGGUCUUCUUCCUCCGCCACGUCCAGACCGGGCACCGGGUGGUCGGAGACGCAGACGCUGCUGGCAGUCCAGACCCCAUCCCUCUCCACGUGGCACCAAAUGCCCAGGACGAUGAGGGCCUUCUAGAAUUUGUGAAUUGGAGCACGCUGGUUAAACUUCCUAGCCACGUCGCUUUCAAAGGCUUCAACCAGAGCUACCUCAAGGGCAUCUGGGCGGAACACCAUCAUUACUUGCAGUUCGCUGCCGAGGAUCGCAACAGCGUGGUUGCCGGCCACCGGGUCUUCCUCCAGCCCAACGGCUCUCUCCGGAUUAAAUCCGAUUAUUUCAACAUGUAUUGGCAGUACGGGUAUGACUGGAUAUAUGCGUCAAACCAGGACCCUGGACCCGAAUCCAACACUCUGUUCUGGCCUGUGAGAGUCGACGGGGACACCAUCGCACUUCGCUGCAAUGCCAACAACAGGUUCUGCAAAAGCCACGACUACAAGGGCAAGAAUCGGUGCCUGAACGCGGCGGUUGACACCAUCGUGAACGAAGCAAGGAUGACAGUAGAGGAGCUCGUGACGAACAGGACUAUUUCCCAGGUCAAGUAUCGGAUGGAGGACGCGAGGAUCUAUGACGUCAUUCCUUACUUGGCCGGCUCCACCACAGCAACCAACCACUCAAAUCUAAAGGGUGGAAUUGGCGUGCAGUUAACGUACCAAGACAGCAAGAGUUAUACCUUCAGCCGCAGCACAUCUUUGACGGCGGGGGUCAAAGCCACCAUCAAGGCCGGCAUUCCUUUUAUCGUCGACGAAUCUAUCGAAGUUAGCUUUGAAGCGACAGAGACGCUCGAGUGGGACACCGCCAAGACUAUUACAACAACGGUUACUGCUACGGGUUCAGUAGAAGUGGAUCCGAGGACUAUCGCUACGGUUCACUACGUGGCUUCGAUGGGGAAGUGCGAUAUACCUUACUCCUACACUCAGUCGGAGCAGAGCUCCACUGACGGCACAUUCUCUGAAACUGGUUAUGAAGAUGGUAUUUACACCGGCGUCAGUUGUUACAACUUUGACUUUGUCAUCGACUCUACUAAACCUCUUGAUCCACCACCCUCAACCUGACCUACAACACCUCCCAUCUAUCCUUCUCGGGUUUUCUUCAUCGGUUCUUUCCCGAGUCGUAUUAUCGAACCGCAUAAGAUUAGCUUUUUCAUGUAAAUUCAGUCUUGUCUUUCCUUUAUUGCCAUCACAAACUUCCUUGUAA